AGAUACAAAAUUAAAUGGACCAAAACCGCAUUCACUUGGUGUUAAAAAGGUUGAGUGUGCGUACAAGCGUCAAACGAGACUCAUGCGAUGGGAGGAGAGAGUGGUGAAGAUGAUCCCAUAAUUCACUUUGUGUUUGUUCAUGGGGCUAGUCACGGAGCUUGGUGUUGGUAUAAAAUCAUCACUCUUCUAGACGCUGCCGGAUUCAAAUCCUCCACUGUCGACCUCACCGGUGCUGGCAUCAGUCUCACGGACUCUAACACCGUCUUCCACUCUGACCAAUAUAACCGUCCUCUCUUUUCUCUCUUGUCCGACCUCCCUCCUUUCCACAAAGUCAUACUCGUUGGACAUAGCAUCGGUGGAGCAAGUGUCACGGAAGCUCUAUGCAAGUUCACAGACAAAAUCUCCAUGGCCAUUUACAUCACGGCUUCCAUGGUUAAGCCCGGAUCCAUCUCUUCUCCAAAUAUUUUAAACAUUCUUGAGGGAGAAGAAGAAAUACAUGACUACACAUUUGGUGAAGGUACCGAUAAGCCACCCACUGGCUACAUCAUCAAGGAGGAGUUUAGACGCCAUUAUUACUACAACCAAAGCCCUCUUGAGGACAUAACUCUAUCAUCAAAAUUGUUGCGUCCUGCUCCUAUGAGAGCCUUUCAAGAUCUUAAUAAGCUGCCUCCAAAUCCCAAGGCCGAGAAUAUUCCUCGAGUGUACAUCAAGACUGCUAAGGACAAUAUAAUUGAUCCUAUGCGUCAAGACCAAAUGGUGGAGAACUGGCCAGUUUUUCAAAUGUAUGUCUUGGAGGAGAGUGACCAUUCUCCUUUCUUCUCUGUGCCAACUACCUUAUUCGAUUAUCUCCUUCAUGCGGUUUCUUCUCUCCAACGAUAAACUUCAACUUCAUGUUGUUGAUUAAUAAUUUCUGUGUCCUUCGUACAUUUCCCUCUCAUAGCUAAUUCAAUGAGAGGAAUGAUUUGGGUAAUAAUAUGAGAAUUUGUUUGGAAGAUGAUUUGGUAUGAGAUUAUGAUUUUUUUUAGUAGUUUCUGUUUAAUGUUAUUUCUUUUGAGUUUAAAUAAGCUUUACAAAUGCAC